AUGAAGUUCAUGAAGUACGCAGUCUUCUUUUACACUUCAGUGGGCAUUGAGCCAUAUACAAAAGUGUCAAAGCCCCAGAAAAUCAGUUUGUGGUCCAACCUCCUCUUCUGGGCCAAUGUGAUAAACUUAAGUGUGAUUGUCUUUGGAGAAGUCCUCUACCUAGGAGUAGCCUUUUCCGAUGGAAAGUUAAUCGACGCCGUCACUGUCAUGUCCUAUAUCGGAUUCGUGAUCGUGGGCAUGAGCAAGAUGUUCUUUAUCUGGUGGAAGAAACCCGAUCUUAGUAAUAUGGUCAAGGAACUAGAGGGCAUAUAUCCAGAGGGCAAAGCUCAAGAGGAAACAUAUCAGUUGGAAAGAUACUUAAAAUCUUGUUCUCGGAUUAGUAUUACCUAUGCGCUACUCUACUCAGUGCUUAUCUGGACCUUCAAUCUGUUUAGCAUCAUGCAAUUCCUCGUCUAUGAAAAGUGGCUAAAAAUCCGAGUGGUCGGCCAGACAUUACCAUAUCUGAUGUAUUUUCCCUGGAACUGGGAGGGAAAUUGGUUAUAUUACCUCCUGCUAUUUUGUCAGAACUUUGCAGGACAUACCUCAGCAUCGGGUCAGAUCUCAACGGAUCUUUUACUCUGUGCAGUGGCUACUCAGAUUGUGAUGCAUUUUGACCAUUUAGCAAGAGUUGUGGAAAAUGAAGAAUUAUCUAAGGACUGGGAAGAAAAUUCGAGAUUUUUGACGAAAACUGUUCGAUAUCACCAGCGUAUCCUUCGACUGAUGGAUGUCCUUAAUGAUAUAUUUGGGAUACCACUUCUCCUGAAUUUCAUGGUCUCUACCUUUGUCAUCUGUUUUGUGGGUUUCCAAAUGACAGUGGGGGUCCCGCCGGACCUCAUGAUUAAGCUCUUCUUGUUCCUUUUCUCGUCGAUGUGCCAGGUGUACUUGAUAUGUCACUAUGGGCAGUUGAUUGCUGAUGCGAGCUCUGGCUUAUCAAUCGCAGCCUACAGACAGAACUGGCAUAAUGCAGAUAUUCGCUACCGUCGGGCUCUGGUUUUCUUUAUAGCUCGACCCCAAAGGACAACCUAUUUGAAGGCAACAGUGUUCAUGAACAUAACAAGGGCCACUAUGACUGAUCUUCUUCAAAUAUCCUACAAGUUUUUUGCUCUACUCCGUACCAUGUAUAUUAAGUAA